AUGGAUUAUGCGCGAAAAGACAUCACCGGGGACGCUAUCUGGGGAGCCAUAUACGCUGGACACCACCAGAUGCUUGAACGUCUCAUUCAGCUUGGCAUCGCUCCGGACUCGGAUGUAGAGCACUCUGGUGACCCGUGUCUUACACCCCAUCACUUACGUGUCGCUGUGAGUGGGGGAAACACAGCCGUCGUGCAGGUCAUGGUUGCACAUGGGGCUGAUCAAUUUCAUCCUGGGGAGAACGGGGAUCUGCUAUCGACUGCUGCGGCAAAUGGACAUGUCGAGAUGAUAAAAUACCUCGUCGAGGAGAUGGGCUGUGACCCGGGGCCCCCGCAGUGGCCCCCAUUACCCCUGCACCGCCGCCCCCUCAGGCCCCCGCGCCUCAGCCCCCUGAGCCGCCCGCUAAACGCCAACGGCUGGCGGAACCGGGUUCGUCCACGCAACCGGCCCCGUCCGCACCACCGCACCCGUACACACGGCUCCUCGAUGACCCUGCGCCUCUCCCACUUUGACUGGGACCUCGUCGAGCUCACCGAGGAAGAGGUCGGCAUCGAAUGCGCUAGACAGGCUAGCAAUUGGCCGGUCUUGGCUUCCCCCGCCCUGAUUGAUGCCAUCAGCCGACGCAUGCGGCUCCAUAAGCUUACACAUGACGUUGCCCUGCGUCAUCAACAAGGAGCAAAUCCAAAUCUGUCGGUCGACCGUGAGGGCUUGCCUCUUGAGAUCGCAGCCUCUCGAGGUCAUAUCGAUAUUGUUCGCUUGUUGCUGGAGUAUGGGGCCAACGUGGACCCCGCGCCUGGUCAAAGACAGCUUCCUAUCUUCUCGGCAAUGACAGCAACGGUCAACCUCGACCUGCUCCUGACCGGACGCGAAAAUCAAACGAUGCUCUUGAAUAUUGCCGCUGCAUCGGGUAAAGAUGAAUUCGUUCAACAGCUGCUCGACCAAGAUCUUGAUUCAGAUGAUGAAUAUGAAUGGAUAGAAGAAGUUCUCUAUGGAGAAAUAGGGUCUCAAGCGCCACUAGAAUGGGCCGCUGAAGCAGGGCACGACUCGGUGGUGAAGAAAUUUUUAGAACGCGGCGUGGGUGAGGAUUCAUCUUAUGAAAAGCCUCUGACCCUCGCAAUCCAGAAUAAACAUUCACGAGUCGUCAAGAUCCUGCUUGAAGCAUACUCUGUCGGUCACCGAUUAUAUUGCUGGUACCACAUGCUUUUGUUCCUAGCAUGCAAGGAUGAUGAAUGCUUCAACCUCCUACUGGAACACGGGGCCAGUCCAACUGAUGCCAUCCAAGAAGAAAAGUCUCUAAUCGAAUAUGUGCUGGAGUCGGGGCGUCUCGAACUGGUCCAAAUGCUGCUCAAUCACGGAUUUCCACUAGCACUCCCACCCUCGAUUCAAAAGACUAGGGGAAGAUCAAUUCUGCUUUCUGGAACUAUGGGGGGUAUGGCGACGCUGGAUUUUCUUAUCCAAAACGGGCUUGAUCUAGAAGCCGUGGGUGAAGAAGAAGCAAAGUGGGCAUUGCGUCGAGCAAUUCGACGGGAGGAUGGCCCUGUCGCCAAAUUUUAUCUAGACCAAGGAUUCACCAUCCCUCGAAAUUGGCAUCCGAAGCAAAUCUACAAGGCGUCCGGCAUGAAAAAUCCCGACAACCCUGCUGAGACGAUACUUGAUAUACUGCUAAGAAACGGCGUGGACAUCAACGUUCGAGAUGUCGCUCAGCAGCAAACCUGUCUUUGGGAAGCACUCCAUAACACCGCUCAGCUGAAGCUGCUUCUAGAAAAUGGCGCCGAUCCCCUUCUUCAAGAUGUAAAUGGAGAGUCUUUUUUGAUAUGUGCCGUGGGUCCUGGUGGAGACCGCCAUGUCGAAGUUCUUGAGGUCAUACUCGAAUGGAUUGACGUCAAUUUCAGGGAAAUCCCACGAGGCAAGGUGUACCAGGAGCUUUUCAAGGCAGAGGCUAGAGCAGCGGAAGGGAAAUAUCGGAGAGGAGUUCAAAUUUUGCAGCGCUUUCGACGUGCCCAUUUUUAG